AUGGGGCAGGAUGAGGAUGCUGGAAGCAAAAAGGUUGUGGACGAUGGGAGCGGAAAGGCUGUGGCUGAUGGAGCCGAGAGCGCUCCGGAGGGGCUCCGCGGGGGCCGAAAGUGGGGAAACGCCCCUCCUGGCCGCCGCCCCCCGGCCGAGCCCCGAGCCCCCCGCGCCUCCCGGCAGCGCCGCCAGCAGAGGGCGGCCUGGAAACCCGACACCUCCGCCCUCCGCCUCGUCCUCCUCCGCCUCCUCCUGCUCGCCCGCGGCAGGGCUGCCAUCCCGGGGCCGAGCCGGGACCAGGAAGCGGCGGCCACCGCCAUGGGGAACCGCUGCGGCUGCUGCGCCGGCCGCAACUGCCCUUCGCUGUUGAAGAGGGACAAAGAAAAACCAGAUACAAGGAUCAGUAAGCCGAGUUUACGGACGCCAGAAAUCAAUAAGGGUCUUGAGGUGGCCCCCGUCUACGACGACGUCUCGGAGUUCCCAGUCUACGCCACGGUGAGCAAGCCGAAGAACAUGAAGCUGGAUGAAAGCAGCGUGCAUUACGCCGACAUUCAGGUCUUCGCCAAGCCCCGCGAACGCUCAUCCCAGGAGGUGAAAAACUUCCAGUCGCAGAAUGCAACGGAAUACGCCACCCUCAAUUUCCCCCGAGCCCCCCUGAAAUACGACAACAAGAACGGGACUCUGGUAUAAGUGCCGAAGAUGCUGUUAAACGACAUCGAGAAACCGCAGGGGCUCAGUUGUUUCAGGGGGAAAAAAAAACACCCUGCAGUCUGGAUCAGGUCAGAAUGGACUCUUGGAGGAAGGAUUAUUUUCUUGAGGGGGGGGGGGAGAAAAUUAGCCCUUUGGGCAGUGGGAUAAGUGAAUAGGUUACAGAGGAAAAAUGGCUUCUUGGAUCGUGUUAACCAAGCAAGAGAGCAAGCUGGAGGACGAAGCCCAGCUGAAAUACGGAGCAAGCAACAUAAAAGUUUUGCAAGAUUUUUUUUUUUUUAAAAAAACCCUUCUCCAAGCAAUCAUUGCUGGAUGUCUUUAUAUCAAGAGGAUUUUUGAUAUAAAGGGGAGGGGGAGAAAGCACACUACAGAAAACUUUUGAGGGGGCUCUUUGCUUGGACGUUCAUUUGCAGCAAUUCCUGGGGCAAAGGACGUAUGGAAUUUGGUGGGUGUUGGAAAUGUUCUUCCAUUGGUAAGGGAGGAAACUGGUACGGAUUUUCCUUGUGCGUGUAACAAGUGGACGAUUCCUUCGGCAGCUCAGCUCGUGAAGAAACAAUGGUGCCUUUUCACCAGGCUGAAAACUUAGCUCCCGGAGUGACCAGGAACGGAGCGAUCUGUAACAUCUUUUUAUACAAGAGAAGAUUCCCAGCAUACCGUAAAUUCCACGCAGUGAAAUGGAUCCAGGAAAAAAAGACAACGACGAUGUAAAAUUAUGCAGAUUCCUCACGUGCUAAAAUUAGAUUAUUUUCAAGGGGAAAAGAGGAUCAGGGCAUCCUGCCUUCUUCAAAAAUGUGUAUCCUUGGGAGGAAAUGUUUUGGAAAUUAUGGCGGGUGAGGACUUUGGCAAAAAGGUGUGAGCUCUUCACCUGUCUUCUUUCUACACGGCGAGAUCAUUGACCUAUCUUUCUUUUAAAAGCAGUAUUUCUCAGUUUCGGCCAUUUUAAGAUGGGUGGGCUUCAACUCCCAGAAUUCCCCAGCUACUGUGGAUCAGACGACUGAAUAAAGAAUUAACAGGAGUUGGAAAGGACCUUGGAGGUCCUCUAGUCCAGCCCCCUCUAGUGAUGGAGCACCUACAACUUCUGGAGGCAAGUUGUUCCACGGAUUAAUUGUUCUCACCUUCAGGAAAUUCCUCUUUAAUUCUGGGUUGUUUCUGGCUUCUGGUUUCCACCCGUUGCUUCUUGUCCUGUCAACAAUGAUAGUGGUAAGAAGAGAUGUCAGCAGAGAAGGAUGAGCAUUGAAGAGGGAGAAGGGCGGUAUAUAAAUUGGAAAUUAAAUUAAAUUAAAUUAAAUUAAAUUAAAUUAAAGAGGCUGGCGCAAGGGGUAAUCUUGUGGUCAUUGUGCUUACAAAAAGACAUGGGAAUCCUUUGGACCACUCCAUCCCUCGUUAAGACAGACAAGGAUGAACUCGAUACUCCCCAACUCCUCUAGAGCCAUGGGACUACAGCUCUCCAAUAUUUGAGAGGUAUUUAAAUGGAGGAGAAUAGCCUAGUGGGAAUAGCAGACUCCCAAAAGGACUCACGAUGUCGGAAGAGCGAAACAGCCUAAAGAAAUCACCCUUGGCUCGUUUGCUGUUGGAUACACACUACUGUUGAACUUCAAAAUAUUGUCCCAAAUAAGAUUUGUUGGUCUGUGUGUUUUCACAGCUAGUGAAACUAGGAGUGGAAGGCGUGAAAUUCGCUUUCCAGAUCAAACUUUGGACUCUGUCGAAUAAAUAGGGAUUGGAGAUACAUCUGCUUGCCUGCUGUGGAAAAUAUACGAAGAAAAGUUUCUUUUAUCUGCAGCUACUCCACAGGAUUUUUAGCCUGCAAAACAAUCUAGUUUACACCUUUGGCUAAAGAGGUACCAUAUAUUUAACAGCUAAUCCAAUGUUUUGUGAAGAAGCACAAAUAAAUUACCUUAAGUAACAGAGGAAUUAGCUUUUUUUUUUAAACAAACACUAAAUAGCAGAAAUGUGAUCCCCAGUUUUGUUCUAAAAAAUUUUUCCCCAAUAAUUUAUGUUUAUUAUUUGCACUGAGUUUUAUCAAUCAUGAAGACGCAUUUUCUGUGUUUCCGAAUCCUAUUUAUAUUUAUUGAACUGGAGUGAGAUCAGGUUAGAAAUUGGGGUGAGAUCUCUCAAUGCUCGACCCGCUUGAAUAUUAUUUUAAAAGAAUCACAGCACUAGUCCUCAAGGCACCCGGAAAGAAUCUAAAAGAUGUUGUGAAGUGGGUUUUGUUUUUUUUUUAAAUUUCUAAACUGUGUUUAUGACUUUAAAAGGUUUUCUCAGGAUUGUGAAUAUUGAAAUUCACAGUGACAAUAAUUAUAUUUAAUUUCAAAACAAUUUGGUAAACACAGACCAGCAUUUCGGUGCAAUUUAAAUGAAAUAUUGGAGGAGACAAUAUUUGCACAGAGCCUGAAGUAUGAGGACUCUCCCAACUUAAAAUAAACUGGGGAAUAAAAUAGAUACCAGUUGUUUUAAUGUUCAUUUGAUGCAAUUAUGUUUGGGCAGGAACAUCGGUGUAAGCCAAGAGCCAUUCAAAAACAGAGAUCCAGUGUGAACAAACCUUUGAAAGCAUCACAACUAAAUAUGGGAAUAUUGUAUGCUCUUUUUAAAGUAUUGAAUUGACUUUAAGGUAUCAGUGGCUGGUUGUUUUCAAGCUAAUUUAUGCAACACUUUUACAGAAACAGCACAACAAUGUCUUUUUUUACAAAGAGUUAGCAUCUGCAAACUCUUUGAAUUCUAUAUGGAUACAGGCAGGCUGAUCAACCUGUUCAUUUUAGCUUUGGAGAUGUAACCUUGCAAUAAUUAUCCUUCAAUAUCAGGGUUAAUUUUUUGCAAUAAUUAUCCUUCAAUAUCAGGGUUAAUUUUUUGCAAUAAUUAUCCUUCAAUAUCAGGGUUAAUUUUUAGCCAGCCUCACUGAUAAGUUAUGAAUUGCUUAAGAGUAUUUCAGCCUGAAUGGGUAUCAUUCUAAAGUCCACGAGAAUGGAUGUGGGUGAAAUGUUUUUCUAGAACUUCCGAAGGGAUGUUUUGUUUUAUUUUAUUUGGCCCCAUUGUUUUGUUUUGUUUUUGCUGGUGUUUACAUUCACACAUGCUUUUCAUAAUGAACAACUCUUGAUCUGAGCACAGGCUGUUUUCUCUUGCAAAUAAUUGGAGUAACUGGACAGUUUCCAUUGGCAAAAUCAUAAUAAAAUGGAGCAAUUACUCUGUUAACCAUUAUAUGAAGGAAAUGGAUUCUGGGAUUAUUUUCAGCAGCCCCCAAGCUGAAAGGUAUUAAAAUCUGUGUAUCCCUUUUUUCUAAUUAUCAAUAUUUGUUAAGACGAAUAGUUUAAUAACCCUAGAUGUUCUACUAAGAGGAAAAUUUUCUGGGAAGUAAGUCUGUGUUAAAAGGUCUGUUUUCUUCCUCCUUUUGGUGUUUAGAGAAAUUAUUGGAGGUAGUUAAUAAUUUCCUGGCUCCUGGUUCAUGAGCUGCACCUUUUAUUACAGAAGAAUAAAUAUUUUUUAUAGUUAA